UCUGUCUGCGUGAGAGCUUUAUCACAAAUCAGAGUGUCGGCGUCUGCAGAAGUUCGCAGGGCAAGAGUUCACCGGUAUGUCGCUAACUCGGGGAGUUUCUCUCAGUUUGAUGAUAGCUGACGAAGUUUAGAGGCAAAAAGAAAACACCAAACACAACGAGGUGGUCAAAGAAGUCGCUGUCCGCAACUCAGCCUUGCUCAUGGAUACAAAGUUAAGCCCGUGAAGUCCAGUGGAUAGGCGGUGGUAAAUGCGGAGUGUUUUUUUAUUGACUUAAAAGGACAUAAACGACGAUGUCUUUUGAAACGGUGAAAGUCUUCUAGAGGUAAAGGAGAGAGAAGAGCUGGAGACAUGAUGUCUAUUGGAGCUGAUAGCUGACACUGUAGAAUGAGAGAGGAUGGAGCAGACAGACAACCCUGCCCUUGAGAGCAACAACCCUAAUGGGUUUGUCAACCGAGUGUUUAAUGUUUCUCUGGAUGUGGAGAAUAAGACCAGCAGUGUUUAUAUUCAGGAGACUGGGCAAGGGCCUGAAGAGGGGCAGGGAGAGACCCAAGCUGCCUCUUCUCAGACCCCUGUCAAGGAAAGACAGGAGGUCAACCGGAGGCCUCGUGCCACAGGGGGCAUCUGGAAGAUCUUGAACCGAAAAAGAGCUGUCUCAGAGCUGGAGCGAAGACCCCACUCCAUGAUCCUGCCUGGGGAGGCUUCCCUCCCUAAACUCUCAUUUGCUGACAAAGUUCGGUCCUUCAAGAAGCUUAAAUCUCCCUCUGUGUUUAGAGGAAAGACAGGGAAACUGUCCACUUCCAAGUUCGGCAGCUCCUUGGUGGAUGAGGAAUCUUUCUGCCGAGACUUUGGCACCCCUCAGCAGUCCAGCAGGGGCACCCUGAAACACCGUGGCAAGAGACACUCUUAUGCCGGCUACACAGCAGAAUUUGACUGCUCGUUUGAAGACCUUGAUCUCACUCCAUUAGACAGCCACCAGCCCACUGUAGUGGGAGAGGCUGUGACUCAGAAUGGUUGUAAACCAUCAGAACGGGUUUGCUAUACCAAAAGAAGCCUUAACAAUUCGACAAACUGUAACAAAAUAGCUGCAGUAUGUGAAGAACCUAGCGCUCAAUGUAGCCCAAGCACCCGGCAGGGCAGAGGAAGGAGGAACAAGGAUGUGUGGAGUUACCUGAGGAGGAUUUCCCUUUUAGGGAAGACCAAUCCCGUCUACUCAGAGAGGAGUUUUGACUCCGAGCUUCCAUCUUUGGAUAAGACCUUGGACUCAGACUAUGGUUCUGUGGACUUUGAGAGUGUCAGAGACUUCCAACCUCCACGCCCAAAACACUCUGACACUAAGGGACACUUUGGGGGUCUGUUCAAGUUUUUUAACAGUGUAGCAGAGACAGCCAGAAAAUGGCGGACAACGUCACACUCCUUUUCUCCUCCAGAGGGAGAAAGGAGUCAGAUGAGCUCCCCUCGGGCCACACAACGCACAGUGGAAAAUAUUCAUAGUGUGUCCCUGACACUACACAGUGAAGGACUUCCAAAAUGCCAGCCUAUUCCAUCAUCACCAGUGACCGCUAAAUCCUCACACUCCAGUAGCUGGGACAGGGAGGCUCCAGCACCUGUGGCAGGGGAAGGAUCCCCUAAGGUGGUCUUAAGAGCCUUUAGGGCAGGUCCAGGAUCACAAGCUGUCAAUGGCCUUCAGAGUUCUGAGUGCACAGACAAAUAUACAGACAGUGACACAAAUUAUACAGCCACAACGAUAGUAGAGAAUCACAUCUCCCAAUCAGGUCCAAACACAGAGACUAAAAAAGAAGCAGAGGUUGAAAGUGCAACAUUAAACGGUGUCUGUAAGGAGGAAAAGGUAGAGAGACAGCCAGGAAAUGAGCAAGAUUCCAGGGAUGCUCCACCUGGCUCCCACCAGAGACAGGAAGUGAACGUCCAAUCACAACAAGGUGAUAAAGAGAGCACAACCAAUAGCAUACCUGCAUCAGAUUCCACAGAGGAAAUAUUUAAGCUGUGUGAGCAGAUUGCCAGCAAGACAGGCUCCAGUGUGAGACAGCCGUGCCCAGCAGGGUCCCACUCUAGCACAGAGAAGACCUCUGUACCUCAAAGGCCACUGCGCCCUCGUCCCCGCCCGGCCUCAGCCGUACUGGACCUCCGGAGGCCCAACCCGGACCGAGAACUCUACAGCCAUUACAGUGAGGUUGGAUCGCUAUGCCGGCGGAGACGCAGGCCCACUCCCACAAUGCAACACUCUCCGGGGCAGAGAAGGACGGUGGCUCGCCCCAGGCCUUGCUCUGUCAUAGAGACCAGUGUUACAAGGGAGAUGCAGUCCAUGGAGCUGCACCACAGAGCUUUGGCUCGCCCCCCUGGUGUGUCACCAUUAGAGCCCCCACUCAGGGCAUCUCUCCAGCGGUGCCGCUCCCUGCCGCUGCCACCAAGCACUCUCUCAGCCCUGGCGUUGCUUCUGCCCCAGUCAGUCAUUGGUCAGUCGUCGUCAUCCGUGCGUCUGCGGUCGGGAGGCUCUGGUAGCUGCAGGAGGAGGAGGCUGUUGAGACCUGGUUCAGAACCACUGCAGGUCAACAUUUUGAUAAGUGGAGGUUCAAUCGUCAACGCUGAGGCGGUAUGGGACCAUGUGACCAUGGCCGACCGGGAGUUGGCGUUUAAGGCCGGCGACGUCAUCAAGGUGCUGGACGCCUCCAACAAAGACUGGUGGUGGGGCCAGAUUGAUGAGGAAGAAGGAUGGUUCCCUGCCAGCUUUGUACGGGUGGAACCCCACCCUCCUCAGCCCCAAACAAAACAGGUUUUCUAUAUCAACCCCAUAGCAACUCCACGGUUCCAAAACACCACGUCAAAGCUGUGGGUAAACCAGGAGGACGGGGGAGCGGAGCCAUCAGAGGGGACCAGCGAGGUGCAGAACGGGCACCUGGACCCGACCAAUGACUGCCUGUGUCUGGGCUCGCCCCUUCAGAACCGAGACCAGAUGAGAGCUAACGUCAUCAAUGAGAUCAUGAGCACAGAGAGACACUACAUCAAACACCUCAAGGACAUCUGUGAGGGCUACCUGCGCCAGUGCAGGAAGCGUGUGGACAUGUUCAAUGACGACCAGCUGAAGGUCAUCUUUGGGAACAUCGAGGACAUCUAUCGCUUCCAGAUGGGAUUUGUUCGAGACCUGGAGAAGCAGUACAACACAGAGGAUCCACACCUUUCUGAGAUUGGACCAUGCUUUUUAGAACAUCAAGAUGGUUUUUGGAUCUAUUCUGAAUACUGUAACAACCACUUGGAUGCCUGUAUGGAGCUGAGCAAACUGAUGAGGGAUGGCAGGUACCAGCACUUCUUCGAGGCCUGUCGUCUCCUCCAGCAAAUGAUUGACAUCGCCAUCGAUGGCUUCUUGCUCACCCCUGUCCAGAAAAUCUGCAAAUAUCCACUCCAGCUGGCCGAGCUUCUCAAAUACACUGCACAGGAGCACAGUGACUAUCGAUACGUGGCAGCAGCACUGGCAGUAAUGCGGAACGUCACUCAGCAGAUCAACGAGAGGAAGAGGAGGCUGGAAAACAUUGACAAGAUCGCCCAGUGGCAGGCCUCUGUUCUAGACUGGGAGGGAGAUGAUAUCUUGGACAGGAGCUCGGAACUCAUCUACACUGGGGAGUUGUCAUGGAUCUAUCAGCCGUAUGGACGCAGCCAGCAGCGAGUCUUCUUCCUCUUUGAUCACCAGCUGGUCCUCUGUAAGAAGGACCUGAUACGCCGGGACAUCCUGUAUUAUAAGGGACGCAUCGACAUGGACCGCUACGAGGUGCGGGAUGCAUUAGACGGCCGUGACGAUGACUUCAACGUCAGCGUGAAGAAUGCAUUCAAGUUGUGCAACAAAGACAGCGAGGAGAUCCACAUCUUCCUGGCCAAGAAGCCGGAGGAGAAGAUUCGCUGGCUCAGGGCCUUCCACGAGGAGAGGAAGAUGGUGCAGGAGGACGAGAAAAUCGGUUUUGAGAUCUCUGAGUACCAGAAGCGACAGGCAGCCAUGACAGUGAGAAAGGUGACCAAACAGAAAGGUGUAAACAGGUGCACGCCCCCCUCAUACCCGCCCCCCCAGGACCCCCUCAGUGCGGGGCAUUAUGAGGUAACGGAGGACAUGGCACAAGGAGAGGUUUUUGAAUUCAGUCAAUCCAAAAGAGGCCAGGCUCCUUUCUGGCAGAAUUUUAGUAGAUUAGCUCCAUUUAAGAAAUAGAGAUUCACAGACUCUUCCGAAGGACCAGCUAUUUUUCUUAGAAGCACUAAACACUGGAUGAUCAAGUCCCUUGAUGAAGGAAAUUAUGACAAACACACAUACACACGAGACUUCAAAAGGACCAAUCUUAAUACAAGAGUGUGAUUGGAAGCAGCAAGAGGACUGAGGACUUGAGAAGUUGCGGGAAAAAAAAGAAACUUUACAAUUCAUAUAUAUGUUAGUAACAUUCUAAGUUAUCAUGCUUCUCCAGCUGAGUCGACUGUCAUGAACUCUUUCCCUCGGAUUCUACAUAUUCACAUCAUCUGAAUGUCCUGGAGUUACUGAGAUUGUUAUAUUGUUUCAUUUUGAAUUAUCUGGAAAGAAACACAAGGCCAAGCCAGGGCAUUCCUAGUAGUAUGAUUGUUUGCCAAAAUGCUGGGAUCUUGCUGCGCUGCUGCUAUGUUGAGAUUGCUCGCUGCAUUCUUCUGAAUGUGAGAUCAAAUAAUGACGGGGGGCCUCGGCUACCAGCUGCGGCGUCUGAAGGACCUGCGAAGCUCGACUGUCAGCAUCUUCUCUGAGUUAGAUCCAUUCUGCCAACGAUCACACACUGCUCAGGCAAUCUCCGCUUCACUGAUGUCUGUGUCUGGAUCUCACUCUCUCAAAAGCUUCACACUCCUCUCUCUAGCUGUUUGCAUAUAGUAGCCCUCUCUUCACCAAGUGUGACGUUCACAGAGUUUCCCUCUCACUCUGCAUCCCUCUCUCUCUCUCUCUCUCUCUCUACCUUCCUGCUCAGCCUCUAUGAGUCAGUGGCUCUCAGAGGCAGAGCUUCAUUCUUUUGGAAACCUGCCAUUGGCCAUGAUAUGAUGGGUCAGGGAACAAAUCAAUAGUUGAAACAUCAAUAGAAUAUUUACAUCCUUUCACCAAACACUUUUGACAGGGUAUUCAUAACCUAUCACACCGUGAGGGGGGGUUGAGUUUUACGGAGAGAUCGCCGCUCAGAUGAAACAGCUGGGAGCAGGAGAUAGGCAGGCUGCGGCCCACCUGCCUUGUAUCAGAGCCCCCCACGCCCCCACUCUCCCCAGAGACCACCCCUGUAGCACUGUGCUGGCAGCUCACUGGGUGUUUGGAAAGAGCACAGCCUACCUCCAGAAAGAGCUCAAAGUGAAGCUGAUGAAUUGGCCAAGGUGUAAAAUAAUUUAUCUUUCUCACGUCGGCUGUACAAAAAAAAAAAAACAGACUUCCUCAGCUGACUUAAUUCUUUCAUAUUGCUCACACUGUAAAAAAGCACAGCACAUAAUAUGCAGUCUAUGGCGUACUUUACUUGCACUUGAUUCGCAGCGAGCCAAAACACGCAAUGUCACCGAUGAGAAAUGAGAAAGGAAGCGUAAACCAGCACAAGGGGAAAUGGUCGGAACAAAGAGGCAGAUAUUUAAAGUGAACAGGACAGGCAUGUCAGCUGGUCGUGCGACGGAACUGAAAGAAAGAAAGACCCCUGCAGAAGUGUGAGCCAAUAACCACAGGGAGGCAGAAAGGUGAAUUUAAUCUGUAGCAUGCAGGUGUCCUCUCUGACAGAUUCUUGCAUCUCUGAUGACUGCAGUUUUAAAUCUUGGCACUCCUCCCCGUCACGUCGUUUUCCAGAUCUGAUCUAAUGUUCUGGCGGUUAGCUCGGCACUGUUAAAUGAUUCGCAGAGGACUAAGGCCUGGUUCAAUCAAAACUGUACCCCAAAAAAACUGCUGUGAGCGAGAUCCUGUGCUACUACAAAGAGAGGGGUUAGAAAAAAGAAGAUCUACUGAUUUAAAAUCCCAUCAUGAAGGUGUGUUUUUAUUAUUUUAUUUCUACUGUUGGCAUGUAAGUGACACAUCUCUCUAUGCUUUGUGAUCAUAUUUUGACCUCAGAUACAGAUGAAUACAUUUUGUGUUUCUAUCACCUGAUGGACUGUGCAUAUACAGUUUGACAACUUGUGCAAUGUGAAAUAUUAUGAUCUUCACUACUCACUCCAAUGUGAUAUGAAAGAGUUAUUAUAUUGUUCUGUGUCAUUCGUUUGCCUUCUUAAAGGCCUUAUAACCUAUUGGGAAACAAAAAGACCUUUUCGACUUGCUUUGUAUGUCGUGUAAUUUAUGUUUUGGUUUCAGUAAAGGAAGUUGAGAAACGGGUGAGCUGGUUUGCUGGUGUCUGUAGAGAUGGCUCCCGGUCAAAUUUUUUUUUUUUUUUGGAAGAUCACUCCCCGGUCUGGCACAGAAAAAGAGAAAUGGUUCCCAGGCCAAGAUAACCUCAGGUCCCGUGCUAAACCCACCACCACUCCCUAACCCCCUCCCCCUCCCUCUCCAUUCCCCUAUUCAACACCACCACCAGUUCCAACACACAGACGCAAGCAUGCAGGCAAACACACACACACACAUAAUCAUACGCACUUGCUGGCCCGUUCUGCUGCGUAGAAGAGAGAUGCUAUCUAACAGUGCCUUCCAGCAUUCCACUAGUGAUUAUCUAUUCAGUUUCACAGGCAGAUUUGAAUUAGUCAUGUAUUUUCCCUUCAUCGUGGGACUCGCAUCUCUCUCUUUCUCUCCCUCUCUCUCUCUCUCUGUCUAUCUCUCAUACACACUGGGAAUUCCUCAUUCCCCAGUGCAUGAGAUCCACUCGGACAGAAACUCAAGAGGUCAGGCCUUUUUCCAUACGAGUAGACACUGUGCUGUCUGACUGACUUUCAAACACCUUGUUAUUCUAUUAUAUUCUAUCACAUUUAAAAUAGCAGUCAUUUUAAUUGCACACAGAAACAAAGAAGUGAAUUCUGAUUUUAAACGUUCAGAGACUUACGUAGAUUUCCUUUACUAUCUAUUUAACAUGCUGAAAGUUUAAUUUGAGUAUUAAAGUAGAAAAACAGCUUUUCAUUAGCAAAGUUAGGUUUCACAUUUCAAAGUAUACUAAUAACCGUGAGUUACGGAUCAAAAGAAGACUCAUCUAUUUUAACCUUUCUCAGAUACACACUGUAAAUAAUGUACAAAGGACAGAUCAUAUAUUUGGAUAUUGGUAUUUUGCGUUGGGAGACGAAUGUUGUUCCAGUUCUAGCGUGCGGUAGACCUCAGUACCAGGUAAAUGCAUGCUUGUGGCAUCCAAUAUUUUGCAUGAGACUUAAGACAACUCUUAACAAGAUUGUUUAGUUUCAUUUUUAUCUCCAAUGGGGAUUCUUUCGUCCCCACAACACACACACACACAACCAUCGCUUUGUGAAGCCAUGCCAUCGUCACCUAAGGGGAGUUCUUUUUUCUCUGUCCACCUGUCUCCUGCUCACUGCUCAUCAUCACAGGUUGUAGCUUCUGUUUUUUAUUUAUUGUCGAGUAACGAGGGGGGGAGGACGUCUUCCCCCUCAUGCUGUAUCAAAGACUGAACUGUUGAGGUGAAAUGAAAGGCACUGAUGCUCUCUUUUUGCCCACAUAUAAUGGGUUCAUCUUUAUUCAAAUAUUUUAUUUUCUUUAAACUCUAACUUAUGCUGUUCUGGUCAAAACUGCUGGUUAUUAUUUUAGAAAAAAAAAAAACAUUAACCGCUGAGGCGAAACGGGUAUCAUUUUUCUAUGACAACGGUGAACCAAAUAGGAGUGAGCACUGAUCAUGGGUGUUCGUGUAUAGAUUUGUAGUCGAGCUGAAGAGCUGAAUAAAUGCAGAACCUCUCGGGAGGAGCUAAAAAUAAACAUAAUCCUGCAGACACACACACACACACACACACACACAGUACUUCAUUUUAAUUCAUAUCAUGCUCUUGUUUCUACUUAAGAAAUGAUUCUUUGAAGUACAAUGAUGUGACAGUAGAAAUGACUUCCUCACUUGUAUUUAUUAAAAGCAGUAUUAAGUAGUUUCCUUUUGCCACAUUUGUUAAGAGGUUGUAAAUAUUGCGUUUAUCUUCUAUAAUUAUCUUUCUGACCUUGUCCUGAGAGCUGAGGGGACAGCAUUUUUUCUCUCCCUCUCUCUCUCUCUCUCUCUCUCUCUCCAAGUCAUAAAACCAAGACAGCCAAGUUAGCAGAGCGUCACUCGGAUGCAUCAGAGGUUGCUCAGAUUUACGUAACUCCUCCGAAGCACAGGGAGUGCAUGAGCCGCCCGGCGUGCUCGCUCACAUUUAGCAUCGCAGCAUCUUUAGUAGGAACUCCUCGCGGCUGGUUAUGCAGUCAUGUGUGGUUGCAGAAAAGACAGGGUACAACAGAGUCUUCAACGAGCCAUAUACUGAUGUGGUGUUCAAUGACAACAUGGUUACCAGAAGACUGACAUCCCAAUUCUUUGGAAUCUAUUCAUUGUAUAUUACCAUCUAGUUUGAGGUUUGGAUUUUUGCCUAGCACUGAAGAAUUUACUCACAGUAUCCAUAUCCUUUGUCACCAUAUGCAAAAACGUGUCAUUUUCUUUCUUGCUGGCCUUUGAGUUUUGAUUAUUUGUUGUAGAAAUUAAAAACCUGAAAAAUAAUGCCUAUUCAAUCCAGAAACUGUGAAUGGGAGAGUGGAGAUGUCAACUGUAUGUACAUUAUAUGUUUUGAUGUAAUCAGAAGCACUGGGAAUAUGUUGUACUUUGCUGUAAAAAAAUAAAUCCAUAUCUGAUA